GCAAGUUUCGUCUAUCGCUCAACGAAGGCGCCGCGGUCCUGCAUGGCAAGUCGGCCGAGAUCGCGGUGCCCUACCGGCUCGUUUCACGCGUUCUCGUGCUCCCCGAGGCCUCGGGACAGGGAAGCCUGUGCGUCGUCACGCUCGCCGCUCCCGUCGCCAACGGCAAGAGCCAGGUCGGGCACCUGCUCCUGCACUCCAAGCCGGCGGAGCCCAAAGUCGAGUGCAGCCUCUCGGGGAAGCCGCUGUGUGGCCAGCCCGCGUCGGUCGUCAGCCAGGCGUUCGCCUCGCUGGCGGCGGUCGAGGUGGGGGGCAUCGGCAGCUUCAAGCCCUUCGGCGGCCGCGCCGCCCUGCAGUGCUACGUCAAGGCGACCGAGGCGGCCUUGUACCUGCUCGAGAAGGAGCUGCUCGUCAAGGAGGCGUCAAAGGUGCACGUGAUGCCGUACAGCCGGCUGCGCGUCGAGGUGCUGCCGCCCGACAGCCGGCGCACCUUUGACCUGCAGCUCGAGUGCGCCGCCGCCGACGCGCCCGCCGGCGCGCCCGCCAAGACGGCCCUCAAGCUCGAGCUGUCGAUGCUGCCGGCGAACGAGUGCGACCGCGUGAGCGAGCUCCUGCAGCGGAAGCGCGCAAACGUGAAUGGGUCCCUCGACGGCGAGGCGGCGUCCGCAGGCGCGGUUGGCGGCGGCGCGGCGGGCGGCGGCGCCGGAGACGAUGAGGAGGAGGAGGAGGAGGACGACGACGACGACGAGGACAGCGACUUUGCCCCGUCGGAGGGGUCCGACGUCGAGGAGGAGUACGACUCGGACGGCGGCGAUCCGGUCGAGGGGGGCGACGGGAGCGACGAGGGGGAGGAGGAGGACGACGACGAGGAGGACGACGAAAACGAGGAGCCUGCCGGAGAGGCGGAGGACAGCCAGGCGCCUGCCAAGCGCAUCAAGACGGAGGCGGUUGACGCGUGA